AUGGCGUCCAAACGCGGUAGGGGAGGCUCUUCGGGGAACAAGUUCCGCAUGUCGCUGGCGCUGCCCGUUGGCGCGGUGCUCAACUGCGCCGACAACACGGGCGCCAAGAACCUGUACAUCAUCUCCGUCGUGGGCUGGGGCGCCAAGCUGAAUCGGCUGCCCUCUGCCGCCUGCGGGGACAUGGUCAUGGCUACCGUGAAGAAGGGAAAGCCAGAUCUGAGGAAGAAAGUGCUUCCCGCUGUUGUCGUGCGACAGAGGAAACCUUGGAGGCGGAAGGAUGGAAUGUUCAUCUAUUUUGAAGAUAAUGCUGGCGUGAUCGUCAAUCCAAAGGGAGAGAUGAAAGGAUCUGCUAUUACAGGACCUGUUGCAAAGGAGUGCGCAGAUCUCUGGCCCAGAAUUGCAAGUGCAGCCAACUCUAUUGUGUGA